AAGUUUGUGUGCACUCUGAGAAAGCUGGCGGGCAGAGGGGUCAUGAAGAACGCGUGAAAACAGGAAGGAUGGUGUGGGUAUGCGCUCAUAUGUCUGAGUGUGAUUUAGACUCUGUGGUCUGUCAGCGGAGUGAGGUAUAGAAUCACACAGCGCAGAGCGCAGAGCCUCCAGUUCCUCCUCUGGGUCUGCUGAAAACACAUCGAACAGCCUUCAGACAGCAGGUACUGUUCAAAAACUAUUUUAAAGUGUUUUCACUUUAUUUAAAACUAAAUUUGUACGGUAAAGAGUGAGAUUAGAGAGUGUUUAAGAAUGACCAAAUGACCCUAAAGAUAUAGAUUACAGUUAGAGACCAGGCAGAACUAUAGUUGGUUAAAGAUGACACAGAUAUUAAAGAGGAAAUAAAACAUUUAACUUAUAGUAUAAAGAACUUAAAACAGGAGAUACUUAAGUUUUUACAAUUUUUAAGAGAAAAAGAGGAGAAAUGUUUAAAAUGGGAAAAACAUGUCUAUUAGCUGUUCUGGAGUAGUUUUUGUUUUUGUUUUUUAAUCACACAGUAUGAUCUGAGCUGGUCCUGAAUUAAACACGCAAAAACCAAAAAGGUUAAAGACUCAGUUUAAAAUGACAAUGAAACAGUUUUAAGAUUUUUUUGGGUCCUUUUUUAAUAGGACAGUUGAGACAGGAAAUGUGGGGGGUAGAAGACAGCAGAGGUUCAUGUCCGGGAGUCAGACCAGCAACUGCAUCUAACACUGUAUCUGGGGCAUGCUUAGACCCGACCAUUAGGCCAUCUGGAUGAAAAAGGAUUCUCAGCAUUUGGAAACCUUUUAAAGUUGAUAUCUAAUUUAAAAUGGAGCAAAAACCAUAGAUCGAACACUGAAACUGGAAAAACAUUUUUGUUUAAUGAAUGAAGCAACAGUUUUUUAAAAAGUAGUUCUAGGUUUAUGUUUGUGUGUACCCUCUGUAAACCUUCGUGAACCCAGCAGACCAGGUUCUGAAAGUGAAAUGUUGUCCUAUUCUCACCUGAUAGGGGAUUUCAGCUGCUCAACAGUUCAGGGUCUCCUUUGUUCUGUUUUUUGGUGUCUCGAUGCUCCAAAUGUUUUCAAUAGGGGACAAGUCAGGACUGCAGGCAGACCAGUUUAUCAGCAGGACUCUUCUACUACAGAGCCAUGCUGUUGCAAUCCCUGCAGAAUGUGGUUUGUAAUUGUCUUGCUGAAAUAUGAACCUCCAACAAUGAAAGUAUCAUGAUGUAGCACCUUCAGCUAUUGAAUACCUUAAACUCUGUAACAGAUUCAGAACAUUUUUAGAUUAAAGUUGAUGUUCAUGUUAGAUAUCAGAGAAAGGUGAGGGAUGACUAAGUAUAGUUUAUACUUAAGCACGUGUUUGUGGUUGUGAUGUCUGUCUAUUAAAAAUGGGCCAGACCCCCAAACAUCCAGGAAACACAGCCAACCAAAAGCCUACAGUCCUGACCAGAUAGGCCAUCUAUAAAGAGAAAUCACACUUAUAUAUGACUACAGACACAAGGCUCUGUGAAAACAGUAACGAUACUGUUAUUUAAAGAUGUGUCAUGAGCACAGACUCACAGGUUAACUUGUCUGUAAAAAAGAUUCUGAGUCUGAGACAGCUGUACUGAAAAGAAGACAUCCUGUCGUCUAUUUCUUUAAAAUUAUCACUCCUCUGACACCUCAUGUCUGCCUCUCCGACCUCUUCAAUCGAUUUUUAAGAGUGCUGACUGAGAAAAAUUUUGUUAAUCAGCUCAGAGGCUGUGCCUGUGCUGGUCGCUGCUGAUGGGCAGGAGAAAGACCCUAACCCUUACCUGUGUCUUCAAGUUUCAGGUUGAUCUCAGCGAUGAGUCGGCGGAGGGUGUCGGUGAAGGAUCUGGGUGUGGUGGACUGUGAGGGCUGGCUCCACCGCCGUAAGGAAGGCCGCAGCCUUUUAGGGAGUAAAUGGAAGAGAUACUGGUUCAUCCUGAAGAAGAGCUCUCUGUACUGGUACAAGGAUCAGAUGGUAGGUCACAUGAUGCAAACCCCAGGCUCUCUGGCAGCUCAGGGAUCUGACUUCUAUUUGUACAUCAACAGGGUUCGAUUCUUUAGAUUCCUGAAUGCAAACAUGCUUUCUACUAACUUCUACCUAAUUUGGACCAUGAGAAAAACAGAAUAAAAACACAGACCUGCUUCAUGUUACUUCAUGUUACGUCCCUCUGAGGUUUCAUCUCUCCCCUCUGCAGGCUGAGAAAGCUGAAGGGUUCAUUAACCUCUGCGGCUUCUCCAUCCAACAGGCCAAACAGUGCAGAAAGAAACAGUAAGACCUGUUUUUUUAUGUUCUCUCUCUGCUCAACUUAGACAAGGAUUUCUUAACUGAAUGUAAUGAUUCGUAUUUAAAGACAAUAUUUAAAUGAAAUAUAAAGACACAGACAAACAUCACACAAAUGUGAAAUCUGAGACAUGGUGUUUUAUGAGAACCUGCACUAGGAAAACUGUCCUGUAGUCUGAUGGAUCAGAAUUCAUUAAUGCUGAACAAUAUCUUCAGGUUUAGGAGUAACAUAUACUGCCAUCCAGACAAUGACUUUACAGGGAAGACCUUUAUAUUUCAGUAAGACAAUGACAAACCACAUUCUGCAGGGAUUACAACAGCAUGGCUCUGUAGUAGAAGAGUCCUGCUGAUAAACUGGUCUACCAACAGUCCUGAUUCGUCCCCCAUUGAAUACAUUUGGAGACCGUUUCUCUUUUUUCCUCUUAGUUUCUCUCUCUGAUUGGUUAAUCUCUCAGUAUGUUGUGUUUCAGUGCCAUAACAGCGAGUCGUCCUCUGGUCCUGACCCUUUUUGUAGCUGCAGAGACUUUCACAGACAUGAACAAGUGAGUGUAAUCAGAUCUGCACUAAAGGCCUUCAGAGGGAAAUGAGCAUUUAUAUUUAAAUGAAAGCAGAUACUAGUUCCUCUGUAAUCCUUAUCAAAGCUUUCAGCUUUGAAUAAAGUCACUGUGGUGGUUCCUCCUCCUCAGUUUCUGAUCAACUUUUUUUUGCUGCAGUGUGUCGAACGUGUGAAAAGUGUAAAUUUGCGAGUCAUGGCUCUUUUUCUCACUGACUGUGUUUGAGCUGUAGGUGGAUCAGUAAACUGUCAGAGGCUGCUGAGACGUCUGAGCUGCUCGACACUGAGGGUCAGAGAUUUGAAAAACAAGAUUAAACACAAACUACAUAAGAGUCAAACUAUAGAAUAACAUGUAUAUAUUUUCCUUCUUUUAAUAAAAUCUGGCCCCUCUCUCUUUCCUGCUGUCCUUCUUUCUCAUGUGUGCAGAAUGCUACAGCGAGAGCAGCGAUCAGGACUGUGACGAGACUGUGUCAGCUUCUUCUUCUUCUUCUUCUCUGAACCUAGAAAGAGGAACAGAGAGCUCCAAACAUGUAAGUGAGAACAUAACAAAAGUUUUAUUUCUGUCCUCGGCUGUAAGUUAAAUCCCCGUCUGUAUUCACAGAUUCCUCAGCAUCUCUGUGAACCUCCUUCCUGUGACCUGCUGAGUGAAAGCAGAAGAAUGAGUACUUUAGAGGGUGCAGGUCUGCGCAGAGACAGAAGAAGAAAACCUCCUGUUGAUGCUGAGCGCCUGUCCUGGUUGGACCUCCCCAAGAGGGACAGAGACGGUGCUGGAGCAUCCAUCCCUCUGGUCCAUGUAGAAGGAGAAAGAGAAGAGAAGGUCACCCCAGGUAAACACCUGAUGUUCUCCUGAGUGUAAGUUACUGUAACUGUCCUACAGACAGACGUCCUCCUGAGUGUUAUUUAUUGUAGCUGUCCUAUAAACAGAUGUCCUUGUGGUUGUUAUUUACUAUAACUGUCCUCCAGACAGACGUCCCCCUGAGUGUUAUUUACUGUAUCUGUCCAAUAAACAGAUUUCCCUGUGGUUGUUAUUUACUAUAACUGUCCUACAGACGUCCCCUUGAAUGUUAUUUACCACUACUGUCCUACAGAGACAUUCUCUUGAGUGUUGUUUACUGUAACUGUCCAACAGACCUCCUUUUCAGUUUUGUUUACUGUAACUCUCCUACAGAUGACCUCUGAGUGCUGUUUACCGUUUCUGUCCUACAGACGUCCUUCUGUUUGUGUCCUACAAACUGACAUCUGUCGGGGUGUUAUUUACUGUAAUUGUCCUACAGAUGUCCUUCUGGGUGUUUUUGACUGCAACUGUCCAACAGACAUCCUUCUGAGUGUUGUUCACUGUAGCUGUCCUACAGAUGUCCUCCUGAGUGAUUUUUUUACUGUAACUUUACAACUGAUGUCCUUCUUGGUGUUGUUUACUGUAACUGUCCUACAGACACCCUGCUUUGACUUUUUCCGUCUGUCUGUUAGAAACUGUUAUAAUUACAAUAAAAAAAGUCCAGAUAUUAACACAAUGCUGCCUCACGGGAUGAUUUCGUAGAUCCACCAACGUGGUUUAGCAAUAAUACUGUAAAUCAAGUCUGACCUCCUCUUUGCAGAGAUGCCUCCAGAUGAGAUGGAGAACCUGUACAUCCACCUGAAGACUGCCAGCCUGUCUCCGAUUGGUCAGUGCGCUCAGAGGGACUUCAGAGCAUCAUUCAUCAGACGGUGUCAAAAUGACAAAAUCAACGAUAAGCUUCACCUGCUCAGGAUCCUCAGCAGCACCUUAAAGGUCAGUCACUUAGCAGUCAUGUCUGUCUCACUAUCUAAAAUUAGAAAAGGUCAGGACAACGUUGUACAGAGAGUGACACCCUCCAGACUACUAAAUUCACGACCAGGUUCACUCACUGCUGCUGGACUGAUGUCUUCACUGGAUUAUUCGCUUCUUUGAUAUGUUUUGGCAGACAUCUGAGUCCCCCCUCCGUUUUCUUAAUCCAACCCCUCAAACAUCCUGAGUCCAACUACAAUUUAACUUUCGUUUCAGUCCAGAUCAGCCUGAGCUUCUUUUCGGACACAGGUGUUCUUAAAUCAAGUGAGACAUGACAGACCCAGAGUUGAAGAAAAUCCCUGAAAACGGCAGCACAGAAGCGGUUUUUAUUUCAGGUUGAACUCUCAUUCCUCUCUCUUUCAGGCUAAAGAGUCAGACCUGCAGGCGGUGGACCAGAUCCUGACAGACCCGGCUCUCACAGCACCCACAUACAGACAGUGGAGACUCUCCAACUGUGUCCUUCUGCAGGAGAUCAGUCAGAAGAACCAGGCAGCAGGGGGCACCACAGAGCAAAGACUGACAGGACAUAACUCUGUGACCUGAAACUACCCGUGUCUGUAGGUCAUCUCUUCAGACUGAAACACCAGCUAAUCUGGAAGCCUUCAGUGCUGGGACUACACUGGUCUACAGUAUCUGGGUAAAGAGACUUCGGUAACUGCAGUCUCUGCCACCUUGUACUUGACCCUGUCUAAAACUGUUGACACCUGUCUGCUCACUGUCUGAACAGUAAACAAAUGUAGACUGAAAACUUGGAGGUAAAAGAAAAUAACUGGACCAAGUUUCCCUAACUCAACGUUUAACUGAGGACUCUUCGGAGGAGGGUAGAAGCAGCAGGGGGUCAGUUUCAGGUGUGAGUGGAUUUACUGUGUUGUUUCAUAUCUCUGUACAGGUAGUCAUUUUUUGUAAAUCAGAGGCAGAUAUUUUGGCUCUAAUAAAAUGUGUUGAAACUUUUCUAUGAUGUUCACUAAUAAUGUUCGGUGAAAACAGUGACUGUCAGGAACCCUCUCAUGCAGAAACACAUCAAACCCUGGGGAAAUCAGAUCCUGAGAGCAGUAAAAGAAAUAAAAAGAAAUUCAGCCGAGCAGACAGUAAACAAAUUUAUUUUGUCAUCUGCAUUUACAGCUGGAACUCUGGGAAUUCAAACACAACGUCUUUGCCUGUGAGCUUCUUAUAGACCCCGGAGAAAGUCUCCACCUGAAAGACAACAGGGAGCAAAGUUCAGUCACAAAAACAGAAAUUUUCAAAUCAGGGUUUUCAAUAUGUCUACAGACUUCAUCAGUACAUGGGUUAUUAAUGAUAUUCUCUGCCUGAUGUCUAGGACUGAUAAAGACUUCAUUUCAGGACAAGAAUAAAAGGGAUCAUCUCUAAA